UACGUGCUUUACCGAGCGAAAGCAGCAAACAAGCUGUCAUCAUGAAGACGUGCAGGGAUCCAAGGAACUUGGCGAGCUCCAGAUGCUGGCGAAGCUCUCUACUGUUAUUACUGGUAGUCCUGGAGACCUGCCUGCGCUGGACGGCUGGGCAAACCGUAACAGUGAGUCCCAGUAAUGUGAUUGCUAUUCGUGGAGUGGAUGGACAUGACUUCACCAAGUUCUGUUCAGUGACAGGCAUUAGUGUUAUGGAGUUCCAGUGGCUCAAAGGAGAAGAAGUGGUUGAGACAGAUACGACAGCACCUGGCCAUUACUUCAUCUCCAACGCUGAAAUGACAGCAGACAACUCGGGACAGUACUACUGUAGAGUGAAGGGAUCUGACGGAACCUUGACUGAGUCACACAAUGCUGGGAGACUGACUGUACUAGAGAAUGAGGUGAUAGUUGCUCCAUCACCUCAGUAUGCGGUGCUAGGCUCCAGUAUUGAGCUGCAGUGUGCCAUAACGGCAGAAGGAGUGACAAUAAUAGACAGGUGGGCUGUUGGAGAUGACACAAAUUUCGAGGCGGGGCUGAACGUGCUAUCACCAGUGGAAAUGGGAGACGAGAGGAUGUAUACCUGCAGACUGCAUGAUGAGAAUAUGGAGAUGGAUGACUUCGAUGUCAACAUAGACUUUAGGAUUACUGUUCCUCCAUUGAUACUCACCCCUCCAGAGUCUCUCUACACAUUCACAGACGACGCCUUCCAAAGCUCCAUCUCUAUCGGCUACUCAGGUCGUGAGGGAGACACCUCAGUAGUGGAGUGGAGAAAGGAUGGGGAGACCCUAGCAACCAGCGGGGAAGGGUAUGAGAUCCAGACGUCCUACUCCCCAGCUGACCUGAUGGCCACCACUAGCCUUGUCUUCACUGACACUUACCUCUCCCGCUCCUUUGAGGGAGCCUACGAUGUCGUCAUCACCAAUGAGAAUGAUGUAAUCCCUGUGGCGGAGAGGACAGCCAGGACCUCAUUCUCCAUCUCUGUCACUGUUUUCCCAGCUACCAUUACAAACGUCAACGUGACAUCAAAGCCACCACUAUCAGCUGUUGUUGAGUGGGUGGUGGUCUAUCGCCAUGCCGGUGAACACCCAGACAACAUUACAAUCUUCGUUGAGAACGUAACGAUAGGGGCCACCUCGUGUCACCAGGUGGGUGAUCCAAUCUCCACCCGAUCAGCAGAGGUGGGUGUGGUUCCCGGGGUGGAGUACUCCGUUACCGUGGAGAGUGCUAACGAGGAUGGGCGGGACCGGACUGUGCCUGUCACCUUCACCACAGCCCCUGCAGCUCCCUUGGUGUCUGCUGUGGAAGUGUCGAGACUAAACUCCACCUCAUUCUCAAUAUCCACCACUCUACUCUACACCGGAGGGGGCUCCGUAACUCAACUUAUCGUCUCGUUCCGGAUCGUGGGGGACACGGAAUGGAGUGGGGCCAUGAGGGUCCCAGUGGUACCGGAAUCAGACCUGCUGGUAUGGACUGGGGUCGUGACCAACUCGGAGUUUGCUCGGUAUGCACAGCUGGAGUUCAGAGUUCACGUAGAGAAUGACAGAGCCCUUGUGUCUAGAGAUGAGAUGCCUCAUUCAGAGCAACUGGUCCUGCCCCUUGCUCCGGUAAGGAUCGAAGCCAUAUCUACCACCACCACCACAGCUGUAGUGGAGGUGGAGCUGUCGCCCGAGGGAACCCCUCCAAUGAUUGUCGUCAUGGAACUGACGAGUCACCCCGAGCUUGGUUGCUGUGGCAACCAGACCACCUAUGUCAGAGGUGGUAGAGUGAGGUUUGUAAUCGCUGGUCUGUCCGGAGAUACCACCUACACUGUCAGUGUCUCUGCCAUGAACCAUGCUGGACAGGGGGCGGGAAACAACAUUCAUUCUCAACUGGGAAAGAAGAAACUGAUGCAAUGUCUAUCGUCGAGAUUACUGGCAUAGUGGCUGCGUUCCUUCUGCUAUGUGGCUUGGUGGGGUUGGUUCUGGGAAUAGUGGCUGUCUGUAUCACAGACACAAAAAGCUGAGACCUACCACUCUUACUAGAGGACCUGAUGAUGUGGAGUACGAUUACAUUAUGCCUGCUGAUUACAUUAUGCCUACUGUCAAUACCGCCAUUCCAACUGAACCCAAUGCAGCCUAUGCCACCAUCAGAAUGUCUUACCACUGACAAAAAUGCUACUUAUUGAGUAUACGUAGCUUAAUAGCGGACAUUUGUUAAUCUUCUUGUGUCUCAUAUAUCCCUGCUUGUACACAAUGAUUAUUUGACA